UUGGACAGAUUAUAACAAUCAAAAUCGAUUGCCUGGAGAUCGGACAACGACACAACUACAGCUACUUAAGCCAGCCCAAACGUACCACGUUCGAUUGUAUUCUGAAAAUGAUAUAGGUAUUAGUGCACCUAGCGAUGUAUUAUUUAUAACAACGGAUUCUGAAGUUCCAUCUGCUCCUCCGAACGAUGUGAUGGUAGAUGCUUUAGGUCCCCAACAGCUUUUAAUAACAUGGCGAGCACCUAUACGUGACACUUGGAACGGAGAAAUAUUGGGGUACACAAUUAAAUACCAAAGAAAUGGCUUUAUUACUGGUUUUAGAAAUUAUACAAAGGUAAAUAGACUGCCACCUGAUGGCUUUAAUAACUUUCGACUAAGUGGGUUGGAUAAAUACACACAAUAUGAAAUCACAAUAUCAGCAUAUAAUAUUAAAGGAGACGGACCCCCAAGCGAUAUAGUGUUAGGUCAUACCUUAGAAGACGCACCAUCUGCAAGCCCUCGAUCUGUUUCUUGUAAUGCUCUUGGAUCACAAAACAUUCAACUGUUUUGGCAGCCUCCACUUAAAGAAUUCUGCAAUGGCAUUAUCCAAGGCUAUAAAAUAUUUUAUGAGCCCAGAUUAUUAGAAAAUCAGUUAACCGCACGGGAAACGAAAGUCUCAUCAGCACUUACCACUGUAUUGCAUGGUUUGCAACCUUUUACUAAUUAUACGAUUCAAGUAUUAGCUUUCACCCGCGCAGGGGAAGGCAAUUUAAGCAAUUCCGUGUCAUGCAUCACUGAAGAAGCGGUUCCGGAUGCACCAGAGCGUGUAAAAUCCAUCGUUAGCUCCGAAUCAUCCGUAAUUAUUAGCUGGAUGCCUCCACGACGACCUAACGGCCUCAUUAUUAAAUACGAUGUAUACAUAAGAGUUCUUGAAAAGGGAAAGGAACUUAAAAUAUUAAAAGAAAUAUUGCCAUCACAACAAUUGUAUUAUGAAGUCAAAGGUGUUAUUAAAAAAGAAACUUAUGAAGCUUGGGUGACGUCAUCUACAAAAGUCGGACAAGGUCCGAGUACCCCUGUUAUUAAGUUUAUAGCCAACAAUGUUGUACCAGCGGCCAUAAUAUCUUUUAGUCAAGUAUUAAGACAGGGUUGGACUGUUGAUUUACAUUUCCCCUGUAUUUUCGUCGGAUCUCCAAAGGCUGCGGUGAAAUGGAAUGUUGUAAACAACCAGUCCAAGAAACACAUUCAAAUGGAAAUAAGCAAAAACAACACCUUAAGUCUUCGAAAUAUUCAAAGAGCUCAUGAAGGCAACUACACCUGCAUGGUAAAGAACCUAUUUGGCUCCGACCAAAUUACAUAUCAACUAUUCGUUCAAGUCCCACCCUCAACACCAAUAGUAUCUAUAACUUCCAUAGAAAAAAAGUCAAUAUCAGUUCAAUGGAAAGUAGAUGAUAUUGGUGGAUCAUUCAUAAAAGGCUUUACUUUGAAGUACAAACGAGAAAUUGGAUUAUGGAAGGAGCUUUUAUUAGAUGCCCGCUUAAACUCAGUGGUCAUAGAAAAUCUACAAUGUGGCACCCCAUAUCAGAUUACUGUUAGCUCAUACAACAGAAUUGGAACAAGCCCUUCAAGUGAAAUAAAAACCAUAAAAACAAAAGGCGAGAAGCCUGUUGCCCCGCACGACGAUAUUUUAAUACGUUUAAAUACAACCUCAAUUUCAUUGGAAUUAUCUUCUUGGCAAGACGGAGGUUGCGCGAUAUCGCAUUUCAGUAUAGAAUUCAAGCGGAAUGAACCCUCGAAUAGGUGGAUUAUUGUUUCAAAUAAAGUCGAAUCACAUUCACGUUACCUAAUUGGAGACUUAGAGGCAGGAACUGCAUAUAAACUGCGUGUGACAGCUUAUAAUAACGCCGGCUCCACCAAAGAAGAAUUGUGCUUUACAACCCUAAAUAUUAAUGAACUUUACAAAGAAAAGGAUCUUGUAAAAACCAUCAUUAGCGAUUCACAACUAAUAGCAGUGAUUGUAACAUCAAUUUUUGGAAUUUUUCUUGCCUUAGCUGGAGCACUAAUAUGCAUAAAAAAAUAUUCACGUGACACUACAUUAGAUGAUAGCAAGAUUACCGAUGGUUUAAAUAUGGAAACAAGCACUCAAAGUUGCGAUCAUUUUUAUGGAACUUUACGUAAAUCUUACCGUAAUAAUGAACCUAAAUCAGCUUUUAAACAUAGUAUUUCACCCCAUAAUAGAGAAGGUAUCAAACCUUAUGCAAAAUUUGAUUUACAUGACAAUGAAAAUGUGUUUCAAAACAACUCACAAGGUCAAAUAAGAAAAAUAUUAAACAUCCAACCAUCCAGUUGUAUAGCUAACAGUCCUCUAUAUUCCGCUGAAAUAAAGUUAGAUUCUUCAUUGACGCAUGUUAACGAUAUAACGACAUCAUUGAGAAAUGUUCAAUUAAAUCGAAAGUAUAAUCACAUAAACACUGAUAAGGAGAAUAAUAUUUCUUCCAAAUUAAGUAAGUCAGACUCAGAGGAGUAUGAUAUUUUAAAUAGUGAUGGUGAACAAUGUGACGAAUUUCCUGUAAAAAGUAAAUUUUUUUCACCCCAAAAUGUUGCUGUUGAUAAUGCUACUUGGACGACACCCAUCAUGCGUAAAUCAUCAGCUACAUAAAAAAAAGCGUCACGUAUUCAUCAACGGACUUUAACAUACAAAUUGUUCUUAAAUUUAGAAACGAAAUUCUAGAUUUCUAAAAACAAUCGGCUACGAUGUAUGACAAAACCAAAAUAUAUUAACACCUUUUUAAGUGAAAGUAGCUUAACCACAUUUUAAGCAUAUUUAUUAAUGAUGUUUGCAUUUAAAAUUUAUUUUAAAAAUAAAUUAUUGUAUCCCAUAAAUACUAUUAUGCUGACAGGAUGUCAAAAAGUUUCUUAGUGAAUUAUCAAAACCCAUAUGUAAUUGAACUAUUAUAAACCAGUGCAAUGAAGUUUUCUUUAAACUUGUUCUUUGACGCAUUGAACUUUGACAUUUUUAUUUUUUUCAUUAAAUAUUUUUAUGUUAUUAAAA